GGAGAGCACUUGAUCAUUGUGAUGGUAGCAGCAGCUGUGUGCGACCAGCAGAAUCGGCGUCUUUAGGAUUUCAUUUACGCACGUCUCUGAGGGCAGGAUUUUUAAACAGCUCUUCAUGCUUGGGGAUUUUACAGACAAACUAACGCGAUGCAAGUUCACGAAACCACUCCGGAGGCUUUCCGCCGCGAUCGGCAAAACUUUUUCUUAUAGGACAACACAAUAAAGCAGCGAGCUCGUAACAUUGGCUGUUGUGUGUGAUGUUCGCUCGUAACAUCCGGAUCUUCUAUGGAGUUACAUUAGAACAGUUCUACUGGCCGUGUAAGUGAGCGCGAGGACCGACCGCUGAGCUCGGUCUAACACGCUCCGAUUGUGUUUUUUCCCGAUCGUGUACAGUAUUGUUUUAUGGUGUUGCAUGGUUGAAUUUUACCGAAGGAAGGAUAGCAGCCACUGUUUGUUUAUAGUCAUCUGAAUCCCCAUUCCUCUUUCCCUGGAAACAUUUUUGACACAAGAGGCUUGAUAAAGUUCUUCCAAAAUACUGUGCACAGACUAUAUGAUGGGGGAUUUUGCAACCCCCACUGCUGCGAAUGGCAGCAGUAUUUGCAUAAACAACAAUAACAUAAACAGCGGCAUCAACGCCGGUAAUAACAGUAACAAUGCGGGAAUUCCUAAGCACAGCGCAGUGGUCGAAAGAUUGAGGCAAAGAAUCGAAGGCUGUCGGAGGCACCAUGUAAACUGUGAAAACAGGUACCAGCAAGCCCACGCGGAACAGCUGGAGAUUGAACGCAGGGAGACGGUCAGCCUCUAUCAGCGAAGCCUGGAGCAGAGGGCUAAGAAAUCUGCUAAUAAUAAGCAACAAAACAAACAAGACCCCGAGUCGGCAACCACGGCAGAGCAGAGAAAUAACACACUGAUAGCGCUCCAGGAGACGGUGAAGAGGAAACUGGACAGUGCCCGGUCGCCGCUGAAUGGCGAGCAGAACGGGGUCUGCGAUGGCAGCUUCUCGCCCAACCCCAAAAGACUGCGCAAGGAGGGGCCCCCCGGGGGCCUGGACCCGCUGGCCGGCCUGCCCAACAACGCGCCCCCCGCCUCGCCCCUCCACCAAAUGGACAUCAAGCCCCCCCUGGGCAUGGCCAACAACACCGGCGGGGGCAACAACCACGUCCCCGGCCGGCCUGACGAUUUGGGCAAGAACGGGGGCCUGCCGGACAUCAAGCUGAACGGCUCCCUGGAUCUGGAGGACGGCUUCGGCCUGCUGAAGGACAUGAAGCAGGAGCCGCUGGACGACGGGGCGGGCAUCGAGUCCUCCGACACCUCGCUGUCCAACCAGAACAAGCUCUUCUCCGACAUCAACCUGAACGACCAGGAGUGGCAGGAGCUGAUCGACGAGCUGGCCAACACGGUGCCGGAGGACGACAUGCACGACCUGUUCAACGAGGACUUCGAGGAGAAGAAGGAGGCGGAGUUCCCGCGGCAGGCGCCGCAGACGCCCCUCCCCCAGGAGGCCCCGGCGGCCCCGCCCCCGCAGGGCUCCGCCCCCCAGAUGCCCAUGGGCUCCCCGCAGGUCCGGCCCUCGUCGUCGGGGCCGCCGUUCAUCGCCGCAGCGGCGGCCAACGGGACCCCGCCCCAGCAGCCGCUGCAGCAGUCCCCCGCCGUCGCCAUGGCGACGGGCUCGCCCGCCAACUGCGUGGCGCGGUCUCCGCAGACGCCCACCCAGACGCAGACGGCGCGGCCCGGGAACGGCUUCCUGAUGAGCGCCGGCCCCGGCGUGGGGCCCGUGUCUGCCCCCGGGGCCGCUGGCGGUCCGGCGCAGGGGGGGGGCAGCGGGCCGGGGCAGGUACCGCCGUCAGCGUCCGAACUGUCGCCCGCGGAGCAGCUGAAGCAGAUGGCCGCCCAGCAGCAGCAGAGGGCCAAGCUCAUCCAGCAGAAGCACCAGCAGCAGCAGACGCAAGCCAACUGGUCCCCUGCGGCAGGGGCCCCCUCCAGCCCCUACGGGGGCCCCUUCAACCCCGACAAACCAAACAGCCCCAUGAUGUACCCGCAGGCCUUCAACAACCAGAACCCCAUGGCCGCCAUGGCCAACAACCCUCAGAAGGCCGCCAUCAACAACUACCUCCCGCCCAAUCACAUGAGCAUGAUCCCUCAGCAGCCGGGCGGCAUGGCCCAGAACAGCAUGAGCAAGCAGCAGGCGGGCAUGCUGUCCUACAGCAACACCAAGCCCCUCAGCCACUUCAGCGCCGUGGAGCACAUGGGCCAGAGGAUGACCCCGCCCAUGGCCAACCCCAGCAAGAACCCCAUGAUGCCCUACAUGCAGGCUCCGGGGGGGCAGGCGGGCCAGGGGCAGGUGCCCCCACAGGCCCCGGGGCAGAUGGCGGGGGGGCAGGCGGCCCACCUGACCGAGGAGCAGAAGCGGAUGCUGCUGAUGAAGCAGAAGCUGAGCCAGAGCAUGUCGUAUGGAGCCAUGCAGCCUCACGCCCAGGAGCAGGGUGUUGUGGGUAUCUCGCGGCAGUCCGGUGGGGUACAGCCUCCCCUGCCGGGCCCAGGAGGAGUGGCUCCAGGGUCCAACGCCAACCCAGGGGCGCCGGGUUACCUGGGCAACCAGCAGCAGGCGGCCAUGAUGAAGCAGAUGAUGCAGAUGGAGCAGGAGAAGCGCGUGCAGCUGCACCUGAUGGAACAGCAGCAGAUCCUGCGGGAGCAGCGGCAGCAGCAGCAACAGCAGCAGCUCCUGGCCGAGCAGCAGCAGCAGCAGCAGCAGCACCUGCCCCGGCAGUUACCGCAGCAACAGCGGAACCCCUACCCAGUCCAGCAGGUUAACCAGUUCCAGGGCACGCCGCAGGAGCUGGCGGCCAGGAACCAGGCCCUGCAGAGCAUCCGAAACGCACGCCUGCUCGCACAGCAGCAGCAGCAGCAGCAGCAGCAGAGCCAGGGCAUGAUCCCCAUGACGACGGUGCAGACCCCGUCCUCCAUGCCGUCGUCGGGGCCUCAGUCCGAGAUGGCGCUGGGGUACAGCGGCCCCCCCCAGGCCCAGCAGGGCAUGUACCCCCUCAACCCGGCCAUGAGCCAGAUGCUGCAGCACCCCAACCAAAGCGGCAUGGGCCUGCCGCCCCACAGCGCGCCCCAGGGCCAGAGACCGCCGGGCGGGGGGGGCCCGGCGGUGGGCAUGGUGGGGGGGUACGGCCAGGGCAUGAUGAUGAACCCCGCCCUGGCGCAGCAGCAGAUGAAGGGCCCGGCCGUGGGCCCGCCCAUGGCCAAAGCCCAGGCGCAGAGACUGCAGAGCAUGAUGGGAGGGGGCGGGCACCCGGGGCCGGCCGGCUGGGCGCAGCAGCAGCAGCAGCAGACGUUACAGGCCAUGGGCGGCCGGACUAGCGCCGAAAUGGUGGCCUUCAGUAACAGCGGGCCGGGCUACGGCAUGCAGGCGGGGCAGCCCCGCAUGGCCAAGCAGCACUUUCCUCAAGGGAUGGGGCAGACCAUGGUGGACCCCAGGGCCAUGAACCCUGCCAUGGGCGGGCAGAUGGUACCCCACAUGUCAGGGCAGCCAAGGACCAACCAGCCCCGGCCCAUGGUAAUGACUGGCAUGGGCCAGGGCGUGCCCAACAUGACUCCGUUUAGCCAGGGCCCGGGGCAGACCAUGGCGGGGACGGGGGGGUCGUACGUGCAGGGCGGGCAGCCCCAGGGCUACCAGCGGACAGCCAGUCAGGACCUGACGUACAGCUACGGCAGCCAACCAGCCAGCGCCGGCUCCUUUAACCUGCCCGACGGGGCGGAGCUGGACUCCACGGACGGGUGGAUGGACGAGUUCUUCCCCAGCCAAUAGCGAACGGGAACAGGGUCGAGCUCGCCGUCGGCUGCGGGAGAAAGCGGGGAGGGGUGGGGGGGAGAGAGAGGGAUUUAAAACAAAAUUUUAAAAAGAGAGUAAAAAAAAAAACAGAUAAAAGACUAUAGGUUUUUGUUUUGUAAAACAUUACUGAGCUGAAAAAAUCCAACCUGUUUUGUGUCUCUCGUCUGUGCUGUCAUGGUAAGUUAAAGAGCACCUCCUCUCUGUGGAGGUGGGUCAGGGUGAUCACUCCUACUGGGGCUUUUGGAGCUCAUUUUCUUUUGGGUUUUUAAAAAAAUGAAAAAUGGCAAAAUUCUAUAGAUUUUAAAUCAACCCUUAUAAACUAUAUCUAUAUCUUGGAAUCCGUCUCUGGAUGAAUUUCAAGUGGCACGAUUUGGGAGGGAGGGGGUGAUGCAAGGUACAUUUUAAAAAGAUACUUUAUUGGCGAUUAUUUUUAUUUUAUUUUAUUUUUUCAAAUAUUUGUUCUGGUCAAUGGCCUGUCCCCUUAGAUUUAGUGUGUCACAACAGUCAGAACCACCAUAGCCAUCUUCAUAUAGGGCAUCAGCUAUCUUGGCAUUUUAAGUGUAUUUGCUGUACUUCAUAGCAGAGCAAAGCAAUUCCUGAUACUCGAGUCAUUUCUUUCCAAAAAAAUCAUUUUAGUGUUGUUUUGUGUUGUGUUCGGGGGCUCACGUUUCCUCUGCGUUUGUGUGCUGUUCGGGGGCUCACGUUUCCUCUGAGUUUGUGUGCUGUUCGGGGGCUCACGUUUCCUCUGCGUUUGUGUGCUGUUCGGGGGCUCACGUUUCCUCUGCGUUUGUGUGCUGUUCGGGGGCUCACGUUUCCUCUGCGUUUGUGUGCUGUUUGAUGCGGUGAAACAGGAACGCUCGCGCACGCUCUGUCGGGGCGGGCAGUCGCUAGGCAACCGGCGCGAGGCAUCUCCGCGGCGCACUGCGAGGGACCCGGCGGCUUCCCAGAGCUCUGAGGGAGAGGGAGAGGGAGCGGG